AUGUUCAAUCAACCACCCGGCGGGCCUCGUGCUUCCGACUCCAACGGGCAACCCUCUUAUGGCUUCACCGAUGAAGCCUGGCCAAGGUAUGGCCUCGCCAACAACUCGGCUUCCUUCUCGACCGACCAUUCCCAGUCCAUCUAUGCCUCAGACCGGCAAUAUGGCGACUCCUCCGGCAUGGACUGGGCGCCGACCCCAACCGACUAUCAGACGCGCUUUCAACACCAAGAUGCUGUAGCCGAAAAUGUCGAACUCGACAACAUGAGUCCUCAGGCCGGAGGCGGCGUUGGUCGUCUUGUCGCGCAUUUCGAGAACAAAGGCUUUGCGCCGCCGCUUCCUCCGAGACCAUCCAACACGAUAUCAAGUCCGGUCAAUCAAGAGCCGUCUGUUUCGUCGCCGUUCGGUACCUUCAGCGUCGCAUCUCCCAUCCUCACGAGCCCUCUCGCCAGUCCCUCCGAACCCAACUAUGGACUUCUGGGUGACCAGUCGAGGGUCACCAGCCCGAUUGCUAGCCCACCUCCCAUAGCAUUUGGCGGAUAUCAUGAUUUGUCGGUAUCCAGUCCAGGCGUUGGUUCCUCGUCCGGACACUUUGGAAGUAUGAAUAGCUUCAUGGUCAACAACAGAGUAGCCACCCCCAUGGAAACCUCCAUGGCUGCGUCGCCCAUGGUGGCAACCCCCAUCAUGAAUAACCCCAAAGUCGCCUCUCCGAGCCCGGCUACUCCAGGCGUGCCAGGCACUCCUGGUUUUGCCAUUUGGCGACCACCUGUGCCAAUGACUCCCAAACCUACCAUGGAUCAAUUCCAAGGUACUAGUAGUUCCUCCACUUCCGGUGGCUAUUUCGCAAAACCUCCCAUCCCCUCAACUCCUAAACCAGUCAUGAAUGCUGGAAGCCAGCUCGUCUUGGAUUUCAACUCCAACUCUGGCUCCAUUGCAAAGGGUAAGGCUCCAAUGAGACCUCCCGCGAAACCAAGACACCCUAUUCGACAACCAUCACGAUCACAAAUAUCCACACCCGCAGCCUUCAGCCCUGCUAUCAAACGUGAACCUUCAACACCACAUUUAUCUCAAGCUUCUCCUGCUCCACAUACACUGGCGAGUGAACGGAGAAGUUCAGUAUCCCAAAGAUCACAAACGGGGAGCCGGCCUUCGAGGGAACAAGUCCCUGCCGAGGCCUGGGAGUCGUUCAAGAACACAAUUCGAACCCUCUACCUCGAUGAACGAAAGCCGCUCAAGGAGGUCAUGUCCAUCAUGGCUGACAAGUACGGCUUUCAGGCAACCCCCAAGAUGUACAAGACUCGAUUCUCACAGUGGGGUUUUGUCAAAAACAACACCGAGGAGGAGGUUAAGCGUCUGCUGUCGAAGAAAUUUCAACGAGAUGCCGAGGGAAAAGUAUCCGAGUUUGUUCGCAACGGAAAGGUCGUCAACCUGGGCACGUACCUGAAGAGAAAGGGCGUCACCGAGUACGACUUGAUCGAUUUCGAGUUGCCUGCCGAGCUCCCAGCUCACAUCCGAUGUCGAACUCCGACUCCUCCACCUGCGCCAGGAUACCUCCAGUCCCCCGAUCUGCUCCGGGCGCAGGAGACUAUCAUCAGCAAUAUGAGGAAGGCCUUUUUGCAGUGUCGACAAUUCGAGGUGGAAACCGAUGCUCAAGUUGGAUGGCAGACAAUCAUGGUGUGGGGAGCAGGAUCCAGCGAUCUUUUGCUCGAGGCAAACCACAACUUUGAAAUGAGGGACACUGACCAGGGCGGACAUUUCCUUAUGAAGGCCUUCAAGCAGCUCGAAGUCGAUUUGAAGAAGCUAUCACCCCAAGGAAUCCAGGAGCUGCUUCUUGGUAUGGUCCGUCGUGAUCCCGGCAUGAUGACGGCCUUAUGCAAGUAUCUGGCGGCAUACUCGACAACCAACUUUGAGCGGUCACAUCCUCUGCGACAAAUCUUUGCCUGUUUAUAUGAGGUUCAGCAAAAACAUGGCCCGGGGACACUCUCAGACCUUUUGUGGGCCAGCAUCCCUACCAUUGCGGAAGAAUUGGAGGCCAUCUAUGGGCGGAAGCACCCAUAUGUCGCUCGAACGUGGACCGAUUUGGCGACCUUCUAUAACCACGCGAACCCCGAGCGAUUGGAGAAGUUGGUGGCAGAACUUCGACUUUUGCAACGGCAAAUGGAGCACCGACAGGGCGCAAACAGCGUUGAGGUCUUCGUGUUGCGAUAUACCAUUGUGCAACUAAUGGUUGCUGCACACCCCCAAUCAGAUGCAACGAAGCAAACGACCAUCGACCUCUGGCAUCAUGCGCGAGGGAUGGGACUCAUAUUCCCUGUUCGAGGCCAACAGCCCAACGUCUUUUGUUAUCACAGUCCCGUCAAGGUCGAUCCCUGGACGAAGCGAUGCCGACGAAGAUACGACUCUGGAGUUAGGCUUCUCGAGGAGCAUGUGGGCGUGCGAGUUAUUCCAUACUUCGAAGAGGACUUCCACACAACGGAACACGCCCCAGAGCACAUGCCACAACAGCAGCAGCAACAACAACCGCAGCACCAUCAUCAACAGCAGCAACAACAACAACGUGCGCCGCAGCUGCAGGCGCAGGACUCAUGGGCGGCGGCAAUGGAGCAGCAAAUGGGGGGCAACAAGUGGUCGUUCAUCUGA